CCUUGGAAAAAUCCCAACUCAGACAAACUCUACACUCGUCCCUUCAAUUCAAUUUCCAUUUCCAUCAGUCCCUCACAAAGUGAAAAAUGGAGGUGACGUCGGUACAGGGCGUCGCCGGCGGUGUCCAGCACGUCCUCUGCGGCCCCUCCUCGCCCAUUUCUUCUCUAUCCAUUCUCUCUCCGACUCCAUGGAGGAGCGCAAGAGCCAAGAAUUCUCAUCUCUGUUGUGCCACAACUCUUGUGGGGGAGGCUCCCAACAAUGGCAGUAACAGGGUCCCGAAGCGUCACUCCAAGCACUACUUAGCCAGACAGUCUGCAAUUGUUCAAGUCCAAGACUCCUCCGACUUGGGCUCCGCUCUCACAAGAUUAGGUGGGAGUUUGACGGUUCAAGACUUGAAUGCCAUUAUACGCCAUUUGGGGACGAAGAAAAGAUGGCAUGAUCUUUCCCAGCUCUUUGAAUGGAUGCUACAGAAUGAAAAAGUCAGUGCAUCAUCCUAUAGCAGCUAUAUAAAGUUCAUGGGAAAGAGCCUCAAUCCUGUAAAAGCACUAGAAAUAUACAAUAACAUUCAAGAUGAAUCAACCAAAAAGAAUGUUCACAUAUGCAAUUCUGUUCUUGGUAGUCUGAUCAGGAGUGGCAAGUUUGAUGUCAGCUUUAAGUUAUUUGACCAGAUGAAGCAGAAUGGUUUAACGCCAGAUGCUGUCACAUAUAGUACGCUGCUUGCAGGUUGCAGCAAACUCAAAAAUGGUUAUAAUAAGGCAUUAGAAUUUGUUCAAGAAUUGCAGCGUAAUGAGCUGCAGAUGGACAGUGUAAUUUAUGGUACACUUUUAGCUGUCUGUGCAUCUAAUAAUAAAUUGGAGGAAGCAGAAGGUUAUUUUAAGAAGAUGAAGGAUGAGGGUCAUUCACCAAAUGUCUACCACUACAGCUCUUUGCUUAAUGCGUACUCUAUGAGAGGGAACUACAAGGAGGCUGAUGUUUUGGUUCAAGAUAUGAAAUCUGCAGGGUUAGUACCAAAUAAGGUUAUUUUGACAACUUUAUUGAAGGUUUAUGUCAGAGGGGGGCUGUUUGAAAAAUCAAGAGAACUAUUAGGUGAACUGGAAGCUUUGGGUUAUGCUGAAGACGAGAUGCCGUACUGUUUAUUGAUGGAUGCCCUUGCGAAGGCUGGGCGAAUACAUGAAGCUAAGUUGGUUUUUCAAGAAAUGAAGGAGAAGUCCGUCCGAUCAGAUGGCUAUUCUUACAGUAUCAUGAUUUCCGCUUUCUGCCGAGGUGGGCUUCUGGAAGAUGCAAAGCAGCUGGCAAAGGAUUUUGAAGGAACCCAUGAUAGAUAUGAUUUAGUUAUGUUGAAUACAAUGAUCUGUGCCUAUUGCAGAGCAGGCGAUAUGGAUAGUGUAAUGGAAAUGAUGAGAAAAAUGGAUGAACUAAAAAUCACUCCUGAUUAUAAUACCUUUCAUAUCCUCAUAAAAUACUUCUGCAAGGAGAAGUUAUACCUUCUUGCUUAUCAGACCAUGGAGGACAUGCACAACAAGGGCCACCAACCAGAUGAGGAACUGUGUUCCUCCUUAAUGUUUCUUCUUGGUAAGAUAAGAGCAUAUUCAGAAGCAUACUGUUACAAUAUGCUGAGAUAUAGCAAGCGGACAAUGUGCAAGGCCCUUCAUGAGAAGAUUCUGCACAUUCUAGUAGCAGGACAGCUUCUCAGAGAUGCUUAUGUAGUAGUCAAGGACAAUGCAGGGUUAAUUUCUAAGCCUGCUAUUAAAAAGUUUGCAACUGCCUUUAUGAAGUUGGGAAACAUCAACUUGAUAAAUGAUGUUUUGAAGGCGGUUGAUGCUUCUGGCUGUAAGAUAGAUCAGGGACUAUUUCAGAUGGCCAUAUCUCGCUAUGUUUCACUCCCUGAGAAGAAGGACAUGCUUUUUCAAAUGCUACAGUGGAUGCCAGGACAAGGUUAUGUUGCUGAUUCAGCUACAAGAAACGUGAUACUGAAAAACUCUCACUUGUUUGGUCGCCAACAGAUUGCGGAGAUACUCUCAAAGCAGCAUAUGAUUUCAAAAGCUUCAAAAUCUCGCGAGAAGGAGAAAAGAGUUUGAAAUCUGUGGAAAUACCAGGUAUAUUCCAUCCUAGCUCAACACUUUGUGAAGUGCAAUAUGCUGGUUGAUGUCUGGUUGAGGUCGAAGCUUGCUUGCUAGUAUAAGUAGUCUUCACAUAUGUGAGCCCCAGCUUCUUUGACUCGUUUUGGCUGACCCCUUGUACAGUGAGAAUUGGAUUAGGUUUAUCAUAUAACCUUUCAUGCAUGUAAUCGGAUUCUGUAAUUCAAUCAUAAUUCUUUGGCUAUAUAAAUUUACGCAAUCUUUCUUAGCGGCAAUUAGUAAGGCUUUGACUACUGAAUAGAGUAAGAACCAACCAAUUUUCCCUAGUAGUAAAGCUUUGACUAUCUACCAUGCCGUCAACCACUGGCCUUCCACCAGCAUCUAUACAGAAACGCUGAAGAGGCCUAUUGAAAUUCGGCGCAUAAGUUAACUUCUGCCUUGGUAAAAACAAUAGUUUCUUGCGGAUCACUGACCAUCCAUAUGGACCAUAUCGCAGCUGCUUGGAAUAUGGUAGGACAAGUGGCCCCAAGUUGGAUGUGUUAGUUCUUAAAGCUUUGGUGGCCGCAUGUACAAGAGCCCUUGAAACCUCUGCAAGUCCAGCUUCAUCUGGUUGCUGGAAGACAGAUUGGUAUGCUUCGUCAUUCGAACAAAUGUGUGUUCGGACAAGAUGCUGGAGCUUGUACUUGGCUGUUUUCUUGUCCUGCUUCCUAUUGUAUGUCAGUUAAAUGUGACAAUUAUCUCAAAUAAACUAGUUACAAUUUUAAUAGAAAAUAUGAUUUUGCUCUCUGAAA